AUGUCCGACUACGAGGAUGAAAUGGACGUGGAUGCGCCCCCCAAGGAUGUCCAGUUCAGCUCAGAGAAUGCCAGUGGGAAAAAGAGGACGGCGGCGGACCUGCCCAUUCAAGCUCAAGACAACCUCCCUUGGGUUGAGAAAUACCGUCCAAACACUCUAGAUGAUGUCUCUGGUCAUCAAGACAUCCUAGCCACAAUCAACAAAUUUGUUGAGAAGAACCGCUUACCUCACCUACUCCUCUACGGUCCCCCUGGAACCGGCAAGACCUCAACCAUCCUCGCUCUCGCUCGACGGAUAUACGGCACAAAGAACAUGCGACAAAUGGUGCUAGAACUCAAUGCUAGUGACGAUCGUGGCAUUGACGUUGUCCGAGAACAGAUCAAGACCUUCGCCAGCACAAAACAAAUCUUCUCCAUGGCCCCAGCAGCAACAGAAGGCAAGUCUGCUCUCGCCGGCUUCAAGUUGAUCAUUCUCGACGAGGCCGACGCCAUGACAUCCACAGCCCAGAUGGCCCUGCGCCGCAUCAUGGAGAAAUACACGGCGAACACUCGUUUCUGCAUCAUUGCCAACUACACACACAAGCUCUCUCCCGCACUCCUAUCACGAUGUACCCGAUUCCGGUUCAGUCCCCUCAAGGAAGCCGACAUUCGAGUGCUGGUAGACCAAGUGAUUGAAAAAGAGAAUGUUCGCAUCCAGCCCGAUGCAGUCGACAGUCUAGUACGACUUAGCAAGGGCGACAUGCGAAGGGCGCUAAACGUCCUUCAAGCCUGUCAUGCUAGCAGUAUACCCUUGCCUAUGCGCGACGCACCCAAUGCCCCCCUACCCGAACCCGAAAUGAUCACCAACGCCACAAUCUAUGACUGCAUUGCGGCACCCCACCCGUCCGAUAUCCAAGAAAUCAUGAAGACGAUUCUCUCUACUAGCGACGUGACUUCAUGCCUCAAUACUGUGAACACGCUCAAGUCCAGCAAAGGUCUAGCUCUGGCUGAUAUUCUAUCCGCUCUGGCGGAUCAACUACAGCGGCUUGAAGUGCCGGCACAGACACGCAUCACUUGGCUGGAGGGGCUAGCGGAAAUUGAGUGGCGGUUAUCCGGAGGUGGAUCUGAAGCAGUUCAGACGGGAGGAUUGGUGGGCGUUGUGCGAAAUGGCUGCGAGUUGAUGGGCGAUAAAGGCAUCGCCAUGGCAUGA